UGUAGUACUAGUAGUAGAUACUACUAGUACUAUUAUUAGUAAUAAUAAAAGUAAUACCAAUAGCAUUAAAUGAUUAAUGUUAAAUAGGCUUAGGCCAAUUUGUUACGUAAUUUAAGAGAACAUGUCAUGGGGUUGAAUUUAACUUUAUAAUUUAUUUGUCUACGAUCUAAAUUAAAAUAUACUUGCUCUAAAUUAGCAUAAAUGUGAGAUUAAACGUACUAGCUUCUCCAACAAUAUAUUUGUUUCUUAAAUUUGGUGAAAAUUUGUUACCACAUCAGUUACAGGAAUUAUAUAAUAAAUUUACUUAUAAAAAACAUUUUUAAGUUUAUUUGAGUGAACACAAGUAGUGUUAUUUUUAAAUAACCGGAAUAAUUCAACAUAAUUGUACUACCAAGUUGAAUUUAUUUUUUAUAUUUGUUAUCUCAAGUGUUCAAAUUAAAAAGCAUUCAUUAAUUUAUUUUUGAGGUGUUGGACUUUUUCAGUCUAAUUAGUUAUUAAGUUUAUUAAUGAUUAAGUAACAGCUAAAACCUUUUGUGAAAGUGUUAUGUAAAUUGUAAUAUGCAACAGUGACAUAUAUUUAAACUAAAGAAAGGAACCAGUUUUAUUAUUUGAAAAUUUCCAAAAGAAAUAUGAAAAAAUGAAUAUCUGUAUACCUAUAAAAGAUUAAUUUAAGUGCUAUUAUAAGAUUUAGAUACAGAUUUAUAUUAAGAAUAGGGAUUUUACAGAAAAAAAAUCAAAUUUCAGAAUCAGUAAUGAAUGCACAUAACUAAAAGUAUAAGGCACAGAAAGUGUGUGGGAUAAGUUGGGUCAUUGGACAGAGAAGUAGCUGGAUGGAAGAAAGCAGAGGGGUGUUAUAAGUGGAGUUCAGUCAAACUGGACUAAUGUCACAAAUGGGGUACGUCGGGACUCAGUGUUAGGACCUUUGCUCUUUUUGAUUUACAUCAAUGACAUAGAUGAAGGAAUGGUCAAGAAGUUACUUAAAUUUGCUGAUAUUGAGGACUUUGAUGUUGCUGAUUAUGUGGAGGAUGCUGUUGGUUUAAAAACGAUUUAUAUUAUUUGGAGCUGAAACAAUGGGGGUCAACCAGCUAUGGAGUGUUUUGAGUCCUGCAUGUGAACCCUGUCCAUUAACAAGUUUACAGGGCAAGACCUUGGCUGUUGAUCUGAGUGGCUGGGUUUGUGCUAGCCAGAAUCACACCUCUUUGGAAUUUGUGAAAAACCCACAUCUUAGGAAUCUUUUCUUUCGCGUUUCCUACCUUCUUCAGAUAGGGGUUAAUCUUGUAUUUGUGACAGAAGGAGAAGCACCAGCUCUGAAGUAUGAAGUGAUGUCCCAGAGGAAUAAUGCAAGAUAUCACGGUUCAAAUACUUACAAAAUAAAUACUGAGAAGGGAAACCGUUCUCGUUUUAAAGCUGUACUAAAAGAUUGUGAAGAUAUGCUGGAAAGUUUAGGAAUACAUUGUGUUGAAAGUACAGGAGAGGCUGAAGCAAUGUGUGCUUUUCUAAACCGAUGUGGGGUUGUGGAUGGUUGUAUUACUGAAGACAGUGAUUUCUUUUUGUAUGGUGGAUUAGUAGCUUAUCGUGAUUUCAGCAUAGAUGCAAAACUUGCAAAGGUACAUAUGUAUAGCAUGACCAAUAUAGAGAGUAAGUUGAAGAUAGACAGAAGAAAAAUGAUAGGAUUAGCUGUUUUGUUGGGGUGUGAUUACCUCCCUAAAGGUGUGCCAGGUGUUGGAAAAGAGACUGCUGUUAAACUGAUGCAGAAAUUGGAAGAUGUUGAUGUAAUUCAAAGGUUUCAUGAGUGGAGAAAUGACAAUGAAUUCAAACAACUCAAACUAUCCAAAGUUGCAAAGAAACUUAGACAUUGUGAACUAUGUAACCACCCAGGUAAGAACCUCCUUCUUACAGGUUACUUUGUCAGUUAGCUACCCUGGUAAGAACCUCCUUUUUACAGUUUACUUUGUCAGUCAGCUACCCUGGUAAGAACCUCCUUUUUACAGUUUACUUUGUCAGUCAGCUACCCUGGUAAGAACCUCCUUCUUACAGUUUACUUUGUCAGUCAGCUACCCAGGUAAGAACCUCCUUUUUACAUUUUACUUUGUCAGUUAGCCAUUCAGGUAAGAACCUCCUUUUUACAGUUCACUUUGUCAGUUAGCUACCCAAGUAAGAACCUCCUUUUUACAGUUCACUUUGUCAGUUAGCUACCCAAGUAAGAACCUCCUUCUUACAGUUUACUUUGUCAGUCAGCUACCCUGGUAUGAACCUCCCUUUUAUAGUUUACUUUGUCAGUCAACUACUCAUGUAAGAACCUCCCUUUUACAGUUCACUUUGUGAGUCAACUACUCAUGUAAGAACCUCCUUCUUACAGUUCACUUUGUGAGUCAACUACUCAUGUAAGAACCUCCUUCUUACAGUUCA